AAAUCGCCUAAAACAAAAGGAACGUGAUGGCGAUGCACAAGGCCUUCCGUGUUUUUGAAAAAUCAAAACCGAGCACUCACAGCGUCUUGUUGGAAUAUAAAAACAAGCAAGAUACACUGCUGUUUGAGUCUCAAGCCAUUGCAGUACUCUGUAAGUUGUCCCUAAGAUAACUUGACUAGCAUUGAUACGUUUUUGCAUGCCCUGUUUCCACUAAAGAAGAACGAUACUGUUACAGUAUAACAAAUGUAGUACAAUUUGUAAUCCGCUGUAUUAUUGCCUUAUGAUGCAGGAUAAAAUAAAAGAGAAGUAAAAUCCUGUAUGGGUACAUUGACAUUUAAACUAUGUAAAAGAUAAUAAUAAAUUUAUUGGUCCUUUAUUAAAAAUAACAAGUCUUCAUUUCCAUAGAUCUUGAAACAAGAGAACUGUAUUGAUUGAGAGCUGAUAGUCCCUCAGGGUAAUGGUUGUGUUGGAAGCUAGAACAUUUUUUGAUUUCGGGUUGCAGCCCUUGCUUCAUUGUUUAUAUUUUUUUAUUGUAAAGAAAUGACAAAUGGUAGACGGGAGAAAAAGAAGAGCAGAAUAAACAAAACCAUACAUGACCUAAUAAAAAUUAAGAUACAUUAUUAUUCAAAGUGAUUAAUGACUUUUCAUUCCUGAUUCAGUAGGCCAUGUCUUGCUAGUUUCAAACUAUUAUUUCCUGAUUUGCUAUGCAUUGAUCAAGGUCAAAUGACGAGGGGACAAAAAUUUGAAAUAAUUUUCGGAUAUCAACUACAAUCUUUAGUAAUAUACGGAAUUGUUUUCUGUACUAGCAUCGCAAGAAACAGAGACAAUUAAGAAGCAGUACACGAAGAUUUUGGAUGCUUAUGGAUGUCUGGGAGUUCUCCAGCUGAACGCUGGAGAGUCCACACUGUUGUACCUAGUCAUGAUCUCAGGCUGUUUUUCGAUUGGCAAAAUCGGAGACUCUGAGAUAUUCAGAAUUACACAGACGCAAUUUGUUCCUUUGCACUAUCCACAGAACGAAGAUAGGAUUGUUGAGGUGCGGAAGCUUUUGAACAGUGGGACGUUUUAUUUUACGUGGCAGUCUGGUACCGCCAGCGGCACUCCCAUAGAUUUGACGUUAUGUGCGCAAAGAAGAAGCAAAACUUCCACCACAGAUCAUCGAUUUUUUUGGAACCGAAUGCUUCACAUCCACCUUAUAAGAUACGGCGUCGACUGUCAAAGUUGGCUCGUGAAAGCGAUGUGUGGCUCGGUGGAAAUGAGAACUGUCUAUGUUGGCUCGAAGAAAGCAUUGGCAGCCAUCAUAUCGAGACUGAGCUGUGAGCGAGCUGGAACACGAUUUAACGUACGCGGUACCAACGAUGAAGGGCAUGUUGCAAAUUUUGUGGAAACCGAGCAGAUGGUCUAUCUAGACAAUGAAAUCACUUCGUAUCUGCAAACGCGAGGUUCGGUGCCCUUGUUUUGGGAACAACCGGGUGUACAGGUAGGAUCUCACAAAGUAAGAGUCUCCAGGGGAUACGAAUCUUCAAAGUCCGCGUUUAACAAACAUAUGGUGAUGAUGAAAGAGAAAUACAACAAGCAAGUCAUUAUAAAUUUGCUCGGAACUAGUUUGGUUGGAAGCAAAGAGGGCGAAGCGAUGCUCAGCCAGGAGUUUCAGAAGCAUCAUAAAGAGUCUGUACAUACGGACAUACCUCAUGUAGUGUUUGACUAUCAUCAAGAAUGUAGAGGUGGAAAUCAGGCUAAUUUACAGAAUUUAAAGUCAAAAAUCGUGCAACAACUCCAAGAAUUCGGGUUUUAUCAUGCCAGUGGUCCUCAUGUUCACAGGAUGCAGAGUGGUACGGUCCGGGUCAACUGUCUAGACUGUUUGGAUCGUACGAAUUGCGUUCAAACGUUCCUCGGACUGGAAAUACUGGCCGAACAGUUGGAAACUAUGAAACUUACUGAUAAGAAGCAAGUGAUUUCGAGGUUCGAAGAAGUAUUCAGACAGAUGUGGGUGAAUAACGGAAAUGAAAUCAGCAAAAUUUACGCCGGUACCGGGGCUAUACAAGGCAGUUCUAAGCUAAUGGACGGUGCUAGGUCAGCGGCAAGAACAAUACAAAACAAUUUAUUAGACAACUUGAAGCAAGAAGCAAUCGAUAUACUUCUUGUCGGAUCGACCUUAUCUUCAGAAUUGGCAGAUAGAGCUAGGACGCUCUUACCAUACAAUACUUUACAUGCUCCUAUUCCUGUGUUGCGUGAACUAUGCCGGCGCCAUUGUGAAUAUACUGAGCCUCUUCGUUUGCGUAUCGCCUGCGCCACGUAUAACGUCAAUGGCGGCAGGCAUUUCCGCAGCGUGGCCUUCAAAGAUGUAAAACUGUCCGAUUGGUUAUUAGACGCCCAUUUGAAAGAUUCCGGCGGCACCGUGGAAGGAGCGUUGCUCGAUCAUCAGGAUGACAGUCCGGAUGAGGAGGAUCGCGCAGACAAAACUGCUCCGGUAGACAUUUAUGCCAUCGGCUUCGAAGAGAUCGUCGACUUGAACGCGGCCAAUAUCAUGAACAGCAGCAGCGAAAAUUCUAAACAGUGGGCGACAGAAUUACAGAAGGUAUUAUCGCGAGACCGCUCAUUCGUAUUGGUGACUUAUCAACAGUUGGUCGGAGUGUGUUUGUACAUAUUUGUGAGAGAGGAACAUGUACCGUAUAUACGCGACGUUGCAGUAGAUUGUGUUAAAACCGGUUUGGGAGGACAUACAGGCAACAAAGGUGCGGUGGCUAUUCGUAUGGUGUUCCACUCAACUUCGAUAGCUUUUGUUUGCGCUCAUUUUGCCGCUGGGCAGUCGCAGGUUGGAGAAAGGAAUGCCGAUUACAAUGAGAUCACGAGGAAAAUUGCAUUCCCCAUGAGUAGGUCGCUUAAUUCGCACGAAUACUUAUUUUGGUGCGGCGAUUUCAAUUACAGGGUUGACUUGGACAAAGACGAAUUGAAAGAGUUAAUAAAACAAGGACUCAUCUCGGAGGCGUUAAAGCACGACCAGUUACUAAAGCAGCAAAAGGAAGGACUUGUGUUCAAAAACUUCCUGGAGGGAGAAAUCACGUUUCAUCCGACGUACAAAUACGACUUGUUCAGCGGUGAUUAUGACACGAGCGAAAAAUGCAGAGCACCGGCAUGGACAGAUAGAGUGCUGUGGAGGAGGCGUGUACCGCCAGGAGCACCCGAUAACAGCGAUCAAGGGCGACUGGUAUAUUAUGGGAGAGCCGAAUUGAAACAGAGUGAUCACAGACCGGUGAUAGCGAUAGUGGACAUAGAGGCGCGGCAUGUGGAAGAAUCACGCAGGGACAACUGCUUCUACGAAGUGAUUGCGUGGGCGGGGCCUCCGGACGCUACCGUUGUCGUUUCUAUGCUGGACGGGAAAGACGAGACAGCGUUCGAUGAUGACCUCACUAUGGCGCUUGUUGAUGAAUUGACGCCAUUCGGAGAUAUCGUACUCGUUAGAUUUGUCGCGAACACGAUGUGGAUCACUUUCAGGGAUGGUCAAGCAGCUUUAGAGGUCAUGAACAAGACGAAUGGAAAACUAAUGAUUAAGGAUUCUGAUCUCAGGCUAUGUUUGAGGACGCCGAAUUGGGUAGAAUUAGCAAAAGAAGAGAUAAGGAUAUGUUCGGAUAACACGAUUCCCCUGAAUGCAAACACCGGUCAAUCAGAAUACAAUUGUCUAGGUAUCCCGGAAGUAACGAAGCCCCAGCAAGUGAACGAGUUUAAUUCCCCUCCCGGCCGGCCCCCUUCUACUCCAUCCAAGUUGGCGAGCCAGUCUGCCGCGCGAUCGUCGCACCCGAAGGCGGGGGUGAUCAGCAUAGCGCCUAGCAGACCAUCGCCACCGGUGCCGCGGCACCCGCUGCGGCCAGCGCCACCCGCACCGGUUUCAAACCCCACCGACAGACAGAAUGAAGUUCCAGAUCCUUCUGCGAACGACUCUGUGUACGAAGAGAUAGACGACGAAGCUGAAUUCACAGGCGGCAGCAUGCCGGAAAUCCCCCCGCCCCCACCACCUAGACCCGAAGUCGGCCCCGCGGCACCGCCUCCAGUUCCAGCGAGGUCCGCUCUGCCUCCGCCUCUCCCGGCUAGACCUAGGCAAUAAGUUCUACGUACCAUAUCCGCAUAUUCGGAACGACCGCCCGUGUACUAGUACAGUACUCGGGGAGAAUAUUUUAUUAAACCUUGAUGAAAACAAGCGGGUUGAAAAUUGGCAACGGGUACCUCAAGGUAUUAGGUUCGAUCCUAUUCUUAGUCUAUAUCGAUGAUUUAUUAAGCUUGGGCUUAAGUGGUAGAUUCGUAGUUUUGGCUGACGAUACCACAAUAGUUUGGCGAGACAAAGAUAUAAAUGAAAUUAAGAGAAAAGUUGAUAUUGAUGUACGAGAUGAGGAAAAAGCUUGCUGUAUUUUUUUCCAUUUUAGCAGUGGUCGUUUCAGGUAGUAGGUGGCACUUUGCGCGGUCUUAUUUAGAUUUCCCAUGAAUUCAAUAAAAUAUUCUCCCUGAAUGCUGGUCUACACUACUCAAAAAAAAUUAAGGGAGCAAGAACAAAAUCCAAUUUUUUUCAGUGAUUUUUGACAAGCUAUAUUAUCUGUUAGAAUUGCUCGUAAAAUGUUUCGUCUGAAAAACCUGAAAGCUACAAUCUGAAAGCUGCAAAAUGCUAGUUUUAAAUUCUAGUUACGACCAUUUUUCACCGACAUACAACCUGUCAAAAAUCACUGAUAAAUUUAUAUUUUUUUCUUGCUGCCUCGAUUUUUGUAGUAGUGUAUUUCGAACAAUUACCUGUGUAUUAUCUUGUUACUAUUUCGUAUGUGUAUUAUCAAAUUUCCGUUGCCUGUCGAUAGCGCAGUUGCGAUAUUUUGUUUGUGCCCUGUGCUGUUUUGUUCAGAUUCAUUAUAGUGUACUCGUACUAUAUUUUAUUAAGGCAAGUGAUACAAAAAUAAAUGAAUUAAUUAGAUGUUAACA